CUGUAUCGGGGCGCGGUGGGGCAGGGCAGGGCAGCCUAACAUAUCGGGUCCUGUCAUGGUAAGGAACAAGUGAGAGAGCGAGUGAGAGCGAGAGAGGCUGCGCUAUGCGGGAGGUGCGCGGCUAACUCUUAGCACCGAGAGUCGCCUCUCCUCCCUCUCCACUAUGGACAAGGCCCAGCGCCUGAGGCUUAUACUGCAGGGGCUAAUAUGGGCUUGGAUCUAUCGGCAUGUAGACGCGGCGGGAGGCAGCUUGCUGGAGGCGGUGGGCGUAAGGGAGCAGCCCUUGGGCGUGGUCACGACCCGUGGCAUGUGCGACGAGAGACCCGGCCAAGAAGGUCACGACAUCGCCUACAAAGUCGCCAAGCAAGCUGUCCUCACCGUCCCCACUGAUCGACUCUUCCCUGAUGAAUUUCCUGAAGACUUCAGCAUCAUGACGACCUUAAGACCUGACCAAGGGUCGAGUUCAGUCCUUUUUGGUCUCUACUCUGACUCUGGUGAUGACCAACUCCUGGUGGAGGUUGGAGAUGUCGUCAAGCUAUUCUACCAAGACCAAGACGGGAAUCCCAAGGAAGGAAACACCACUGAAUUUGGAGUUGCAAUCAACGACGGGAAGUGGCAUCGACUCGGUCUUAGCAUCAAGGGAAACAGCGUGACCCUUCUGGUGGACUGCGAAACCUCCAUGACCCAUCCUCUGCCGAGGGACUCUCCAUCCCACGUCUCCAAGGCGGGAAUCAUCCUCCUCGGUCAACAACUUCUCGAGGAGAAGUACUUCGCUGGAGACAUUCAACAACUCGACAUCUACGGCGGCCCAGAAGCAGCUUACGAACAUUGCGAGGUCUUCAUGCCAAACUGCGACCAAGAGCUCCCUGACCCGAAGGCCCUGGCCCAGACGAACAUCGAAUACGUUGGGGGAAGUGACGAUGAGACGGUCUAUUCCACUACAUCAUACGCCAACGACAACGUCACCAUCGAAGCGGGUUAUGGAAUAGCAGCAUCGGAAGGAGACUUGGAAUCAGGCCAAGCUUUCUUACCCCAUGGCGUCCUGCGUGGUUAUCCGGGUCCUCAAGGACCCCCAGGACCUAUGGGACCAAAAGGUGACCCCGGCAGAGAUGGUUUACCCGGCACAGACGGCCUAUCCGGACCACCUGGACAUGUCUUCAUGAUACCGCUCAAUUUAGAAGGGAACCAAAAAGGACCAGACCAGAUGAUUGAGCAAUUCCAGCAAAUGUUAUCCCAGCACAUGAUGGCCAUGCGAGGAGUGGCAGGUCCAAUGGGUCUGACCGGUCUCCCUGGCCCCGAAGGACCUUCUGGAGACGUUGGUGUGAAAGGCGAGCCUGGAGAAAUGGGAGAGCCGGGUCCAAGAGGUAUGAGAGGUAACAUCGGGCCUAUGGGACGUACUGGUAGACGAGGUCGACCUGGAAGAGAUGGAGAACGUGGUCUCUCUGGUAUCCCUGGCUCUAAGGGUGACCCUGGUCUUCGAGGUCUACCAGGAAUGCCUGGCGACAAAGGUCACAGGGGUGUACAAGGAUCAACAGGAUCGCCAGGGCUUCCGGGUCAUGAAGGAAUGCCUGGUGAACCAGGUGCUCCUGGUCUGACUGGCCUUCCAGGUGAAAUGGGCCCUCGUGGUUUCAUUGGACCAAGAGGAUUCCCUGGCUUGCCCGGCCCUCCUGGCAUUCCUGGUAGUGAAGGCUCUCUUGGUCCUAAAGGCAACAAUGGACCUGCAGGCCAGCCUGGCCCACCUGGUCAGGCUGGACCCAACGGGCCCAUUGGUCCUCCAGGUCCUCAAGGUCUCCUUGGUCCACCUGGUCCUGCUGGACCACGCGGUAAGCCUGGUUUACCAGGCUUAGCUGGUGCUGAUGGUUUACCUGGACAUCCUGGAAAUCCUGGCAUUGUUGGUUCUAAAGGCGACAAAGGUCCCACUGGUUCACAGGGUCCAAUAGGGUUCCCUGGAUCACGAGGAGUGAAAGGAGAUCAAGGGAAUAGAGGUAUCCAAGGAGAGAAGGGGGAUAAGGGGGAUCAAGGUUCAGAUGGCGAGAAGGGUGACAUGGGACUGAAAGGAGAACGCGGAGAGGUUGGACCAGAAGGACAAGCUGGACUUGAAGGGCCAGAAGGACCAAAGGGUUUUGAAGGACCACGAGGCGAAACUGGGGCCCCUGGCCCAGAUGGUGAAAAGGGAAAGCUUGGGGUUCCUGGUUUCCCUGGCUAUCCAGGUCCGCCAGGGGACAAAGGAGACAAAGGCUCACCAGGAUUAUUAGGACGGCCAGGAGAUAAAGGUGAACGAGGUCAUCCUGGUCUACCAGGAGAACGAGGCGAACAAGGGCCUCGAGGGUUCCAAGGAAAACGAGGAAGACGAGGGAAACUUGGAUUUCCCGGACCUAAGGGUGAUACAGGACAGCCAGGUCCACCAGGCCCUAUUGGUGAACAAGGUUUCCAGGGACCAGAAGGGCCAAAUGGAUUUUCAGGUGAAACAGGACCUCCAGGACCUGAUGGAAAAGACGGAAUUGCUGGGCCACCUGGUGAACGUGGACCUCCUGGCGAGCCAGGAAACGAAGGGCCUACAGGUCCACCCGGGGUAGUAGGCCCUAUUGGGCCAGCUGGUGAGCCUGGAACUCCAGGUGAAGCUGGCCCACCUGGUGCACCAGGAGUUCCUGGUCAAGAAGGCAGACCUGGUGAUGCUGGGAAAGAGGGUCCACCUGGACCAAUGGGUCCCCCAGGGAAGACUGGCCCCGUUGGUCCUCCCGGUAUGCCUGGAUUCCCAGGAGAACGUGGUCUUGCAGGAAUUCCUGGCGCCGCAGGUCUCAAAGGCGAGUCAGGGCCGCCAGGUCCAGCUGGUCCACCAGGAGACAAGGGUGCACAGGGAUUGGCAGGCAAUGCUGGGCCCCAAGGACCAGAAGGAAAAAUUGGUCCUCGUGGACCACGGGGAUCCUCUGGAGCGAAAGGAGAGAGUGGUGACCCAGGACCUCCUGGUCCAACUGGCCGAGAUGGCCUCCCAGGCCAGCGAGGUCUACCCGGACCUCCUGGACCCGUGGGAGAGCCAGGAGAGGAUGGAGACAAGGGUGAAGCUGGUCCCCCAGGAGAGAAAGGGUUCAAGGGAGGAAAAGGAAUACAGGGUCCGGCAGGCCCGCAAGGACUGCAAGGGUUACGAGGUGCCCCAGGAUCCCCUGGAGCUCCUGGUGAACGUGGAGCACCAGGUCUAAUGGGUCGAAGUGGUCGCAAGGGAGAAGAUGGACCUGUAGGUUUGCCAGGACCUGCUGGACCAGCAGGAUUGCAAGGACUUCCAGGACCAUCUGGAGCAAAAGGAGAAAAGGGUGACCAUGGAAAACGUGGCCCACCAGGACCUUUAGGCCCAACUGGAGAUGAUGGUCCACCUGGUAGCAAAGGAGGACAAGGCUUGCCUGGUCCUCCUGGUCCUGAUGGUUUACAAGGUGAAAAGGGUGAGCCAGGGCAACCUGGUGUACCAGGACCACCUGGAACGGAUGGAAAACAUGGCAAACAAGGACCACCUGGACCAAAAGGAGAAGAAGGAAAACCUGGACCACAAGGAUCUCCUGGUGUACGAGGACCACUUGGCCCUCCAGGUCCUAAGGGAAGUGCAGGUCCACCUGGAUUCCCUGGACCUAAUGGAGAACCUGGUAAACAAGGACCAAAGGGUGUGCCUGGAAAGGAUGGAGAGGAUGGUAAACAGGGUGAAAUGGGUCCACUAGGAGAACCUGGCCAACCAGGACAAAUGGGUCUUCCAGGAGCAAACGGCAAGCCUGGCCCUGAGGGACCAGCAGGUACACAAGGAGCUCCAGGUCUGCCAGGUGAAAAGGGUGAUACUGGUUUGCCUGGGCCUGCAGGGCCAAAUGGUCCUACAGGACCUCAAGGCCUGCCGGGUCCCCAAGGUCUACCUGGUCUACGUGGCUCACCAGGUCCUGCUGGAGAUGUCGGAGUACCUGGUAAGGAAGGUGCACCAGGACAGCCAGGUCUUCCAGGAAAUGCGGGACAAAAAGGUCAGAAAGGCAGCAGGGGCAGACGAGGUGCCAAAGGUCAUCGUGGAGAGAUUGGUGUUUCUGGUCCUAAAGGCGACGUUGGCGAAAAGGGAGAACCUGGUAUGAAAGGACCUCAGGGCCCAUCUGGAGUCAAAGGAGAACCAGGACCUAUAGGUUUUACAGGAUUGAAGGGAGGGGAUGGCCCUCAAGGACUGCCAGGUCUACUUGGUCCUCCAGGUCCGAAGGGUGUUCCUGGAGCAACUGGUCCCAAGGGUGAAACUGGUCCAUCUGGUCCACCCGGUCCUCCUGGCCCACCUGGAGAACUGCCUCUCUUGCCUCCAGAACUGCUAUUCCAACGUGAUGCUCCAUAUGAUCCCAACGAUGAAGAGGGUCGCUUCAAGAGGGCCGCAAAAGACUACGACUGUAGGAUAGGCGAGGUGUGCGGUGAUGCUCCUGAAUCUGAGGAUGAGGAUGAGGAUGAGGAUGGAGAUGGAGAUGGUGGUGAUGGUGGUUUUGGUGUUGACUUUGGUAACCUAUUUGGUGGUGGUGGUGAUGGUAACACUAUCCCUGAGGGUAAAGAACGAAUUGGGGGAGGAGGAAGGAGAAGGAGAAUUAAACCGCAAGGGGAAAGACGCGACAGCAGCAGCCGAGGAAGAAAGGGCAGACUAAAUAGGGCAGAAGCCAGAACCCCAACGAAACCAACAACACGAGGCGAGACCGACCAGUUCGACGUGAAAUUGCUGGACAUGUACACCAACAUCUACACCAUGAGAGGAGAUCUCGAGAGGAUGAAAAAGCCCAUCGGAACGAAGGACAACCCAGCAAGAACCUGCAAAGACCUCUUCUACGGACAUCCGAAGUUCAAAGACGGCUGGUACUGGAUCGACCCUAACCUUGGAAUGCCCGACGAUGCUGUUUACGUCUUCUGUAACAUGACAGUUGAAGGAGAAACCUGCGUUUUCCCAGACGUCCAUUCCUCCAAGAUCAUCAACAUCCCCUGGAGAAAGACAUCGAUGCCAGAUGCCUGGUUCUCUCAGCUAAGAGGAGGGUUCAAGAUAACUUACGAGACGACUGGCGUUGUGCAGAUGACAUUCCUUCGACUACUGUCUUCCUACGCCUACCAGAACUUCACCUACAGCUGCGUCCAGUCCAAAGCGUGGUUUGAUGAAGAGCAACUCAACCAUGACAAGGCCAUCAUGCUCAUGGGAGAGGAUGAACAGAUAUUUUCCAUCGACACCAUCAAACCUGAAGUGCUCAUCGACGGAUGCGCUGCAAAAGGGGGUGUUCCGGGGAAGACGAAUACAGUAUUUGAAGUUCGAACCGAGGACCUGGAACAUCUUCCCCUUGUUGACUUCCAACCGACUGAUUAUGGCCUCCCCAAUCAGGCAUUUGGGUUUGAGGCUGGGCCAGUAUGCUUCAAGUAGAAACCCACAACUUUUAAAUAAGACAGCAGCACAGAAACGUUCAUCAGUAAUGGAAGCUUUAACUCGGUUGACUUUUGCCUUCUCGCUGCUUCUCAUUCCUGUUUCCUUAUCGGAAAUCUGGAAGUCUGAGAUUGCACCAAGAAGAGUAGAAGACUGUGAAGCGAAACUGAAUGUCUUUGGAAGUCAAAGUUGUUGUUCAUUAAAUUUUGAAGCAUCAUUUCGUAUUCUUACUACAAUUCAGCUUGGCCUUUUUGUUCUUGGAGUUCUUCGGAACUCUUUGAACAAAAAGUAUGAGCCCAAUUGUAUCGGAAGACACGGCCCCACUGGGCAGGAAUCCUAUGGUAUUGAUUCGGAAGCUGCUGUCGACCACAGUCUUGGAAACCGGCUUUGGACCUACUCUCUGCGACGAUUGAUGGAUCUGAUGACGACCCUGGCGCGAACCGACCCUAUGCUAACCCAGAAUGUUGACGACCAAGCAAUGAUGACCAAUGCGAUUAUGACCAUUAUUCACCGUAGUGAACUAUUGUGUAUUGAUGUAGCUAGCAGCAUCUGUGAAAAACCCCAUCCCAGAGCGCGUGACUUGGGAACUAAAAGGACCUGUGAGCAAUGCCUUGAGGGUAAUGCAAGGCCUGAGAGACGCGAUGAUGGUGUUAUUAAUAUUUGUACAAAGUGUAUACAGUUGGGAAUUUUGUGCUUAAUUAUUGUAAGCAACAGAAGUGUCUUACGUGUCACUGCCAGUUCCUCUCUUCUGAAUUUUCAUCAACUUUUCUUGUAUCUUUCCUACAGGGGCGAUUUAAGAUAUUGCUUAUAUUUUAAGUAUAGAUUUUUUUACAAUCUGUAUAAAGUCCAAACGAUGGAAGUGUCCUAUUAUGUUUUCUUAUUAGACAAGAAUGGAUCUAUUCUUGAAUAAUA